UGCAAAGAAAUGGUCAAGCUGAGCAAGUUUAAAAUUAUAAAUCUUGAAUGAUUACAUAUAUGCAAGUGUUCUGCAAAUAAGUUUCCACUGCAUUGCAAAAGUCCUGUAAUCAACUAGGCAUGGGUUUCAGCCCCUCUGUUUUUAUAAGAUCUCUGUUCUAUUUAAGUACUAUUCAUUUUGCUGCAACUUUGGAAUUUAACCUUACCAGAUUCAGUCCUAAUAGUGAUGAUAUAAUUUAUGAUGGAGACGCGGUUCCAGCAAACGAAGCCAUCCAGCUCACAAAGAACUUACAAGACGAAUCAUUGGCUACUAGCAUAGGCCGAGUGACAUAUAAGAAGCCUAUGCAUCUGUGGGACAAGGCCUCAAGAAAUCUUACAAACUUCACCACCCAUUUUUCUUUUGUCAUUGAUUCGCAGGAUAGAACAACUUAUGGUGAUGGUAUCGCGUUCUUUCUAGCUCCAAAUGGUACCAAGGUACCCGAAAGGGCAAAACAAGGGGGAUCAUUAGGACUUACAAAUGAUGAUGAGCCCUUGAACACCACGGUUAACAAAUUUGUUGCUGUUGAGUUUGACAUUUUUAGGAACAGCGGUUGGGACCCGGAGAAUGUUUCUGAGCAUUUAGGUGUUGAUAUCAGCUCUGUGAGAUCUGAGGCUAGUGUUCCCUGGUUGAAUAGUAGCUCUAGUAUUAAGAAGGGGUGGGAAAAUGAAGCCUGGAUCAGUUAUGAUUCUAGUUCCAAGAACCUUAGUGUUGUCGUUCGUACAAGUUUGAAUAGUACUAAUAGUACCAGGAAUCAAAGUCUUCACUUUGUGGUUGAUUUACGCGAGGUUUUGCCAGAUUAUGUCAGUUUUGGCUUUUCAGCUGCAACAGGACAGUUGUUAUCUAUUAAUAGAAUCAAUUCAUGGGACUUCUAUUCGAGUCUGGAGUCGGAUGAUGAUGUAACAGGUCCAACUGGUCCUGGAGGCCCAAAUCCCUCUAAAACGAAAGGUAACAAGAUCGGUUUAGUGGUUGGAUUGGCAGUGGGGGGAUCUGUUCUUUGUGCAUCAGCUUUGGGCAUAUACCUUAUCUUGAGGAAGAAAAAGAGAGAGGAGGAUGAGGAUGAUAUUCUUGUUGAGGAUGAUUCUAUGGAUGGUGAAUUUGAGAAAGGAAUUGGACCUAAAAGGUUUUCAUAUAAUGCUCUUGCUCAGGCAACAAAUAACUUUGCACUGAAAGACAAGCUUGGAGAAGGAGGAUUCGGGGGAGUUUACAAAGGCUUCUCGGAAGAAUUAAAUUGUUAUGUUGCUGUCAAGAGAGUAUCGAGAGAUUCUAGUCAAGGAAUUAAGGAGUACGCAUCAGAAGUGAAGAUCAUCAGUCGUUUGAGACAUAAAAAUUUGGUGCAGCUCAUUGGUUGGUGCCAUGAGAAAAGAAAUCUUAUACUAGUCUAUGAGUACAUGCAGAAUGGUAGCUUGGAUUUCCAUCUUUUCAAGGGGCAGAGCUUGUUGUCAUGGAGAGUAAGGUACAAUAUUGCUCAAGGUCUGGCAUCGGUAUUGCUUUAUCUACACGAAGAAUGGGAGCAAUGUGUGGUGCAUAGAGAUAUUAAAUCAAGCAAUGUCAUGUUAGAUUCAAGUUUUAACGCCAAGCUAGGUGAUUUCGGGUUGGCAAGAUUGGUUGAUCAUGACAAGGGUGCACAGACAACUAUUGUAGCUGGGACACGAGGAUACAUGGCUCCUGAAUGUUUUAUCACGGGCCAAGCGAGUAGGGAAUCAGAUGUUUUCAGCUUCGGAGUUGUAGCAUUGGAAAUAGCAUGUGGUCGGAAGCCUAUUGACCCCAAGGUUGAAGAAAGCCAGAGAGAAUUAGUAAAGUGGGUCUGGGACCUUUAUGGACUGGAACAAAUUCUUGAAGCGGCAGACCCAAAACUCUCUGGGGACUAUGACGAGCAGGAAAUGAAACGCCUGAUGAUCGUCGGGCUCUGGUGUGCACAUCCAGAUAGCACUAUUCGGCCUUCUAUUAGGCAAGCUAUGCACGUUCUCAAUUUUGAUGCUCCAUUGCCUAAUCUUCCACCAAAGAUGCCUGUGGCAACCUAUUCCGCCCCAUUAAACUAUUCAUCUGUGUCCUCAGGAUAUGGCUUGUCCACCACUCAGAGCAGCCAAACUCAGAAUUCAGGCCAUAGUAAUGAUACCGGUUCUUCAGUUUCUGCCUCUGCAGCACUUCUACAUAAUACUAGAUAGGAGUGAUUAAUGAUUAACAUGUCAAUAUUAUUAUUUUGUUCAUAUUAUGUUUCUACGUAGCCUAUAAGUUCUUUU